UCCGCGCGGCUGCGGCCAGGCUGGCCCUGGGUGCCUGCGGCACAGGCGACUCCCUCGCAGCCACUGCCGCUGUGCUCUCGCCUCCAAGCUGCUCCUGGACUCCCGCUGCGGCUGCUGCAGUUCUGGCGGCUGAGCCCCGCGGCGUUGCAGCUCAGAGCAGGUGCACUGACCCACCCGCACCCCUGCCUCUCAGCCGGCAGCCUCCUAAUACACGCGCUGCGCUGCGGCAGGUGCCCCAGACACCCUGAGGCGUGGUGGCCUGAGCGUGGCCACCAUCGAUGACCCAGGUCACGGACCUACUCCAGCCCGGCUACCGCGUGUCUUGGUUCACCGUCCGUGUUUGGCACUAAAUCAUGGGGAGGAAGCUGGACCUGUCCGGGCUGUCUGGUGAUGAAACCAAGCAUGUUCUCCAGGUGGUUCAGCGGGACUUCAAUCUUCGGAAGAAAGAGGAAGAGCGACUAAGCGAGAUGAAGCAGAAGCUGGACGAGGAGGGCAGCAAGUGCAGCAUCCUCUCGAAGCACCCGAAGUUCGUGGACCACUGCUGCAUGCGCUGCUGCUCACCCUUCGCCUUCCUCGUCAACACCAAGCGCCGCUGCGGGGACUGUGCGUUCAACGUCUGCAAGAGCUGCUGCUCCUACCAGAAGCACGAGAAGGCGUGGAUCUGCUGCGUCUGCCAGCAAGCCAGGCUUCUGAGAACCCAGUCUCUGGAAUGGUUCUACAAUAAUGUGAAGAGCCGUUUCAAGCGCUUUGGCAGCGCUAAAGUCCUGAAAAACCUGUACAGGAAACACCGGCUGGAGAGCGGAGCAUGCGUCGACAUCCUAGGAGGAAGCUUUUUUGAGACGAACCUGGAGAAUGAAGGAAGUGUUUCAGGCAGUGACUCAACAUUUUAUAGGCAGUCAGAAGGACACAGCAUGAUGGACACACUGGCCGUUGCCCUGCGCGUGGCCGAGGAGGCCAUUGAGGAGGCGAUUUCCAAAGCAGAAGCCUACGGGGACAGCCUGGACAAGCAGAACGAGGCCAGUUACUUGCGGGACCACAAGGAGGAGCUCACUGAGGAGCUGGCCACGACCAUCUUGCAGAAGAUCAUCAGGAAACAGAAGAGCAAAUGCGAGCAGCAGGUGGAGGAAGAGCCGGAGUGGUCCCGACCCGGGAGCUGCAGGGCGAAGUCUCCUGACGAGGGGGCCGCAGCCUCCAACAGCCUCUGGCGACCCCAGUCUGCGUUCUCACCCACCAGAGGAGAUGCCCUGAAGACCUCUUCGCUGGAGGCUGUGUCCAGGCAGCUGGGGGACCCGGGCCAGCAGCCGAGGGAGGAGUCGGCGUUGCCCAGCUGGGAGAGCACAGACAGGCUGGACCAGACAAAGCUGGCCCCAGUUUUGCAGAGUCCCGAUGGGAACUGGCUGGCCUUGAAGGAUGGCGCUCCGCCCCCAACCCGCCUGCUGGCCAAGGCUAAGAGCCUCACAUUUCAGGCCCUGGAGGCUGCUUCCAGUGUGGCGUCCGCCUACGAGGAGAUGGGCUCCGACAGCGAGGAGGACUUUGACUGGGGUGCGGCCCUGAGCACGCUGUGCCCAGGGCCCCAAGGUCUGCCCAGGACCCCCCAGCCUCAGCCCACGCAGGCUCAAGGCUUGGACCGUGGCCCUUCUGCCACCUCCGCUUCCUCUAGGCUGUCUCCCAACCCCGAGGCCAUGUGCUCUGACUCCGAGACCUCCUCCACUGGCUCUUCCCGGGAAGCUGGGCGUCGAGCCAGGCUGUCCUGGCUACAGAGGAAGGCCCCCAGGAAUCCUGCAGCUGAAAAGAUGCACCUCCAGGGAGAGCUGGACGUGAACUUCAAUCCCCAGGCAGCCAGCAGAGAGACCUCGGACAGCAGCGAGCCCGAGGAAGCCCCCCACACCACAGACCGGCGGGCCAGGAGGUGGAGAAGGGCCCGAGGGGGAUCCGAGGAGCCAAGCAAGGAGCUCCCUUCCCCAAGUGCUCGUUCCCAGGAACCGAACACACACCAGGUGUCGGGUGAUUUAUCAGAGAGCGACCUCAGCGUCAAGGCUCAGCACCCCCGGACCGGUGCAGACACCGCGGAGGACAGAGCGAGGAACAAGCUGUUCGAGUUGGCAGUGAACAUGAGCGAGAAGGAGACCUCGUCGGGGGAGGAUCAGGAGUCGGAGUCCAAGACGGAGUCUGAGAACCAGAAGGGAAGUCUGUCCUCGGAAGACAACGGCCAGAGCGUCCAGGAAGAGCUGAUGAAGAAGUAUUCUGCUGUUUCUCUCUGCAACAUCUCCACAGAAGUCCUGAAAGUCAUCAACGCCACAGAGGAGUUGAUAGCAGAGUCGACAGGGCCCUGGGAGUCCCCGCCUGUCCCUCCCGACAGAGAGAAGGGGACAUUUCCUCUUGGAACAGACCAAGUGAGGCUGGACGAGCAGCUGACUUCCCUGGAAGAGAACGUGUACCUGGCGGCAGGCACCGUGUACGGACUCGAAGGCCAGCUGAGUGAGCUGGAGGACGCUGCCCGGGGCAUCCACAGCGGCACCAACGAGACCGCACUGGCAGAGCUGGAGGACCAGGUGGCCACGGCUGCAGCCCAGGUCCACCAUGCUGAGCUCCAGAUUUCCGACAUCGAGAGCCGGAUUUCAGCCUUGACCAUCGCAGGCUUAAACAUUGCACCGUGUGGGCGCCUCACGAGAAAACGAGAUCAGAAGCAGAGGAACCAGGUACAAACUAUAGACACGUCGAGACAGCAGAGGAGGAAACUGCCCGCUCCGCCCAUGAAAGCUGAAAAACUGGAGGCAUCUUCAGUGACCAUGAAAACAUUCAACCGCAACUUCAUUCUCCAAGGCUCCUCGACAAACAGGACUAAAGACAGCCAAAGCGCCACCGAGGAUCUGAUGGAGCCCGCCCUGCAGUCGGCUGCGAUGUAUUAGCGCCACGGAACACUCCACUGCCAGUGACCCACUGCCGCCGGCCAUACACGACAGUGCCUUGACCCCACAGCCAUCGAACACUGUGUGGAUUCCACCUGAGGACAGGGCCUGGGGAGCCCCGGCGCACAGGGCUGUCCUGACACCUCACCCAGAAAGCCGUCCCCGACUUCAGCAUCGUGGUCUCGCCCCCUCUCUGCCUUAGGUUCCAAGAAGUGUCCGAGACAGGAAACUGAGAUGCCGGCUUCCAACAGCAGAGCUCCACGUCAAAAAAUGUGUCAUUUCCCUGUUGGCUCUGCUACUGUGUGUCAUCUGUAGGACCUUCCUUCCUUC